GGGUGUCGGGAGCUGCCUGUGUCCGGAGGAAUCACUUUUUAGGCGCUUGUUUUGGACGAUCGCACAAAACACGGUUGCAAACCCAAGCUCACUAGCGUGAGUCAGCGAGGCCAGUAGCCAAGCGGAGAGGGGAAGGUGGGCGAGGAGGGCUCCGCGGUGCGGGCGGCAGGAAGGACCCGGUGGCGACUCCGGACAACCCCAGAGGCGGCCCCCUUCUCAGCUCGACAGGUGAGCGCCAGGCUGGCCGCGGGGCGGAGCCCGCACCAGCCUCCCUGCAAGGCGCCAGCACCACUGCGCAGGACCUGGGAACACAUCAAGCAUGAAAUAAGUGUUCAAUAAACACUUGUGAGCUCACUGAUGGAAUCAAUAAAUAGGUGGAUGUGAAGAAUAACAGCUGGACGCCAUUUUGCCCUUAGGCACCCUGUUUGUAAAUUCUUGCACAGCUCUCUAAGAUUAUACCUGGGUGCUGGCAACCAGCCACUCUUUCACCAAUGAAGUAUAUCCUGGUUACUGGUGGGGUCAUCUCCGGCAUUGGUAAAGGAAUCAUUGCCAGCAGCAUUGGGACGAUUCUCAAAUCAUGUGGACUCCGAGUUACUGCCAUCAAAAUCGACCCCUAUAUUAACAUUGAUGCCGGGACUUUUUCACCUUACGAACACGGUGAAGUAUUUGUCUUAAAUGAUGGUGGAGAAGUUGAUUUAGAUCUUGGAAAUUAUGAAAGAUUCUUGGAUAUUAACCUUUAUAAAGACAACAACAUCACCACCGGGAAGAUAUAUCAGCAUGUGAUCAAUAAAGAGAGGCGUGGUGAUUACUUGGGGAGAACAGUUCAAGUUGUCCCCCACAUUACUGAUGCUAUCCAAGAAUGGGUUAUGAACCAAGCCAAGGUGCCUGUGGAUGGUAAUAAGGAAGAGCCCCAAAUAUGCGUUAUUGAGCUGGGAGGCACCAUCGGAGACAUCGAGGGAAUGCCAUUUGUGGAAGCAUUCAGACAAUUCCAGUUUAAGGCAAAAAGAGAGAAUUUCUAUAAUAUCCAUGUCAGUCUUGUCCCACAGCCCAGUGCUACUGGAGAACAAAAAACUAAACCCACACAAAACAGUGUCCGUGCGCUGAGGGGAUUGGGUUUGUCUCCAGAUCUGAUUGUCUGCCGAAGUUCAACACCCAUUGAGAUGGCCGUGAAGGAGAAGAUUUCUAUGUUCUGUCACGUAAACCCUGAACAGGUCAUAUGUAUCCAUGAUGUUUCUUCUACCUACCGAGUGCCUGUGCUUUUGGAAGAACAAGGCAUUGUUAAAUACUUUAAAGAGCGAUUGGACCUGCCCAUUGGUGAUUCUUCAAGCAAUUUGCUUUUCAAGUGGAAGAAUAUGGCUGACAGGUAUGAAAGAUUACAGAAAACAUGUUCCAUAGCCCUGGUUGGUAAAUAUACCAAACUCAGAGACUGCUACGCUUCCGUGUUUAAGGCCCUGGAACACUCAGCCUUGGCCAUCAAUCACAAGUUGAAUCUGAUGUACAUAGACUCCAUCGAUUUGGAACAGAUCACCAAAAUCGAGGACCCUGUGAAAUUCCAUGAAGCUUGGCAGAAGCUAUGCAAAGCUGAUGGUAUUCUUGUGCCUGGAGGCUUUGGAAUCAGAGGAACAUUGGGAAAACUCCAAGCAAUUUCUUGGGCAAGGACAAAGAAGAUUCCCUUUCUAGGAGUUUGCCUUGGGAUGCAACUAGCAGUGAUAGAGUUUGCAAGAAACUGCCUUGAUUUGAAAGAUGCUAAUUCCACAGAGUUUGAACCAAAUGCCCUAGUUCCUAUGGUGAUUGACAUGCCUGAACACAACCCUGGCAAUUUGGGAGGAACAAUGAGACUGGGACUAAGAAGAACUGUUUUCAAAACGGAAAAUUCAAUAUUGAGGAAACUUUAUGGCAAUGUUCCUUUUAUAGAAGAAAGACACAGACAUCGGUAUGAGGUGAACCCGAACCUGAUCAACCAUUUUGAGCAGAAAGACCUAAGUUUUGUUGGUCAGGAUGUUGAUGGGGAGAGGAUGGAAAUCAUCGAACUGGCGAAUCAUCCUUAUUUUGUCGGUGUCCAAUUCCAUCCUGAGUUUUCUUCUAGGCCGAUGAAGCCUUCCCCUCCAUACUUGGGGCUCUUACUUGCAGCAACUGGGAACCUGAAUACCUACCUGCAACAGGGAUGCAAACUGUCCUCCAGUGAUAGAUACAGUGAUGCCAGCGAUGACAGCUUUUCAGAGCCAAGGAUAGCUGAGUUGGAAAUCAGCUGAAGCUAAUACAUGUCUCAGAAUAACGGGGACUGCCUAAAAGGCCUCUGAAGUAGUUGUAGUGAAGAUGAAGGAAUUAUCUGAAGAAAUCACCACACUCAUAAAGAAUCGCUUUGUUCUCCAAAUAUGGGAUAUAAAGGCUCAAAGGGAAUUUGGCAAUGCUUACUUCCAUGAACCAGAAUCAAAGGGGGUAGUUUUCUUCUCCUUCCAUAGGUGGCCUUUGGUAUUCACAAAUUUCCAUAGUUAAUUAAACUUUCCCUAGCAACAAUAAUGGGGGAGAAAGUAUGUCUGUGUUUUGUCCAGUGCAACAUGAUGUCAAGGUGGUGAGCAGGGAUCCAGGUAAUUGGGCCUUCCUGGUGUUAUGUGGCAGGGCACAUGCCAUAAUUAAUUUUGAGUAAAAAAUGAUUUGUUUUGUUACCUGGAACCCAUCCUCAGGUUCAUGUGUGGAUGAAGAUUAUUUCAAUUUCUCACCCUGCUUAUUUCCAGUUAAAAGUGAAAUUUAGCAGGUUGAAGACUUGGAGUGGCAAAUAAGGGUCUCACCUUAGACACAAUAUCCAAAAAACUCAGGAAUCAAGAUCAGUAAUAUAUACAAAUUUUUAAAUUGAGGUAAAAUUCACAUAACAUAGAAUUAACCAUUUAAAAGUGAAUGAUACAGUAGCAUGCACCGAUGUGCAACCACCACCUUUAUCUAGCUCCAAACAUUGUCAAUAAUCCAUAAUAAAUCCCUGUACCCAUGAGCAGCUCCUCCUCAUCCCCCCUCUUCGUAUCCCCUGGCAAUCACAAAUCUCUCUUUGAUUUGUAUAAAUUUUCCUAUCCUGUAUUUCCUAUCCAUAUAUUUCAUACAUGUGGAAUCAUAUAGCGUGUGACCUUUUGUGACUGAUUUCUUUCAUAUAUUGUAAUGUUGGUGAGGCUUGUCCAUGUUGUAGCAUGUAUCAGAACUUCAUUUCUUUUUAUGGCUGAAUAAAAUUCCACUGUAUAUUUCUACCACAA